UACACAUACGAUGAAAAUCCGGCGAUGUUAAGCAAGCUUAUUACUAACUUAAUCAGCACACUCUACAACAAACUUUGAACAGUUUACCUUCAAAAACUUGCGCAUAUGUACAGCCAAGCAGAUAGAGUUUAUUUUUUACCAAAUAGAUCUUGUCUUAAAUAGAUAUUGAUUUUGAAUAUUCUUGCAAUUUUUUCAUUUGCUUUAAGAAAAACAGUUUUGAGUGAAAAGUACAGAAAAUUUGCACCUAAUUAAUACACCUUCGACGAAUUAAACCAUCAAAUUAAAAAAGAAAUAGUUAAUUUAUUAAUAGUUAAUAAAUUUAUACAUCGUAUCGGCACGCAAUGGGUUCGAAGGAGCAGCAUUUUACGACGCAGCUGCUGCAGCACCUGAUGUUGAACAGCCACAUGCGAGUAUUCCACAAUGGGAUGGAGUUGGGCAUGGCUGACGUCGAGGCAUUCUCGCCCGUCGUGUACAACAUUCUGAGAUACAAAAUCAUUAACGACACUGUGCGCAAGAAGACCUACGUCAGGAAAGAUGACGGGGAACUCAUGGAAAUAAUUCGGGACAGAUUCUCAACCAAGACCUACCUGAGGACUAAAUCCGGACGUGUAAUCGAGCUCGACGGUUCUGAAGACGGUGAUGGGGGCAUGGACGUUUACUAUGACCCCUUGACUGGCAAGACGUGGGUGAGGGGUCAAGACGGUGAGAUGUUGGAGCUGAUUAAAGAUGAGAAGACAGGGAAGAUGUAUUUGAGGACUAAGAGUGGUCGGUUGCAGGAGGUCGGAGCCCACCUCGAGUUCUACAAAGAUCCCAUCACAGGGAAGACUAUUCUGCGCGAACGAAAGAAUCCAGGCAUGCAGGUAUUCACAGACCCUGUGACUGGGAAAAAGUACGUCAAAACUGCAGACGGUCAGAUCUUAGAGAUCUGGACUGACCCGGAGACAGGUAAAACUUACAUGCGGACAAAGAGUGGUCGAAUCGUCUCCGAGAUUGACGAGAACAUGAUAUUCUAUACGGAUCCCAGGACAGGAGUGACCUACUUGGCAGCCAAACCAGGAGCUGCGCAGUCUUCGGUGUUCACAGAUCCCAAAACAGGCAAGACAUAUAUUCGAACCAAAUCCGGCCGCAUUGUCGAAGCACCGGUGGAGGAGGGAGGCGAGUUCUUUAUGGAUCCGACCACAGGCAAGAUGUUCCUGCGUACCAAGUCAGGCAACCUCAGAGAGAUCCCAUCUGACGGCGUUGAGGUCAUCAAAGACCCUAGCACUGGCAAAGUGUACAUGAAGACUAAAUCUGGAAGACUGAUUGAGAUCCAGGGGGAUGUUGACAUGUAUGUUGAUCCUAUCACAGGGAAGACUUAUUUGAUGCACAAAGGGUCCAACAUCAUCACUGAUCCCAACACCGGCAAGAAAAUGGUUCGCACGGCUUCAGGGCGCCUGGUUGAGGUCAAAGGUAGCUUCGAGGUUUACGUGGACCCUGACACCGGCAAGACUCUUCUGAUGCAGACAACUGACGAUGGUAAAACCAUCUUGACAGAUCCCAGCUCGGGGAAAGUGUUCAUCAAGACUGCCUCGGGAAGACUUCAAGAAUUGGUGGACGAAGGAGGCAUUCUUUACGAUGCUAGCACAGGAAAGAGUUACUUGCGUACAGAGAGUGGUAAGCUGAUCGAAAUCACCAAUGACAGUGAAAUGUUCGUCGAUCCAGAGACUGGCAAACUCAUGAUGCGCACCAAGAGCGGAAGAGUGCACGAAGUAUCUUCCGAUGUCAAUGUUUUCACAGAUCCAAACACCGGAAGGACCUAUGUACGGACCAAGUCUGGUCGCUACUUGGAACUUGACCCAGACGCUGAGAUUGAAAUUGAUCCGUUAACUGGAAAAAUGUUCAUUCGCACCAAGUCAGGAAAUAGACGCGAGUUGGCCGGUGAGAUGGAGGUGUACUACGACCCCGUUACCGGAAAGAAGAUCAUGAGACCAAAAGGUAUGUCUGGAUUCGAAAUUGUGGUUGAUCCUAAGACUGGAAAAGCGUUCAUGAAAAGGCAGAAUUUGGACGAUAUUGAUUUGAGCAAGUUGAGCCCAGAAGAGAGAGCCAAAGUUCUAGCCAGACGAGCCAAGCAAAAACAACUCAGAGAUAAGCUGAUGAACGAAGCAAGCGAUGUGGAAAUGGCCGCAAAACUCGUGAAAUUGGAAGAACUUGCAAAGAAAAUUCAAGAAGCCAGAGCUCUGAUAGAAAAAAUGAAAGCUGAUGAGGAUGCAGCAAAAGCAGAAUUCGAAUCUAGUUUAAACGAAUUUCAGUUAUUGAUGCGAGAAGAAAUGAACUUUUUAAAUCAUCAGCACAAACUCAGCAAAGCGUUUCUUUACGCAUAUAUUGAAUCGCUGUUUAAGAACAAAACAAAAGCAGGCAAAAAAGAUAGCAAGAAAACUACUAAAAAGAAGAAAAAGUAAACUACAAAACCCAAGAUUAACCAGUAGUAACUAGGAAUAACUUAGAAAAAACAUUAAUUAACCUGUUUUCAUGUUUUAACUAUACUGCUUCUACAAACGCCUAUCCGAUGAUAACUUUCCACAGAGAGUCAAAUAACAUUUUGCCCUGGCGGCGAAGCGUAUCCAAUUCUACUUCAU